AUGGCCUUCGACACUUCCAAUAAGGUGUAUUAUUCGUUUGAUGAUGGGGCAAGCGGCAGCGGACCUGAUGGUGACUCGAAACGCAGUAAAGAUGUCAGACGAGAAUCGUACUUGUACUCAAAUACUCUCCGUUCAAAACAGUCUUUGCACAAUUUGUAUUUGGCAUCGACGGGGCCGAAUCGUUCCGUGGAAGCCUCGGUGCCGGUUUCGGCUCAUGUGUUGCGACCAGCGGUUAGGCGUCUUAAUUAUAGAGAUAUGGCAAAACUAGGUUUCCAUGACGGCAACCAUAACCACCGUCAGAGAACGGUUUCUUCUUGUGAUGAACAACAAGGUAAAAAUGGAUUGAAGUGCGGUCAUGAUUCUGGCAGAGGGAACUGUAUCCGUCGAAAAUCGUCGCUUUCUGUCACUCAUGGUAAAAAUCGGGUUCCGUAUGGUGUAAAUCAGUCGGAUUGCGAUGAUGCCUCAUUGUUCAUGUCGGGUCGCUGUCUCAGACCGUUGAUCCAGCGUCAGAGUUACAGGGAUAUUUUAAUGCCUAGUGGUGAGCCGAAAAACGAUGUCCAUGAAGCGCCUCAGCCAACAUACCCUAACGAUGGUUCCUCUCCAACCAUCGAACGGCUGUCAGACGCUGUUACCCAUCCGGCAUUGGCGACAGACUUUCACUGCGAACCCUCAUCGUCCGUUACCGGCCAUUGUCUCAGGCCAGUUGCCAGACGCCAUAAUUAUAGCGCCAUUCUGAACAACGGUUUAGAUGACAGCGACAGAAAAAGCCACCUUACUUUCACGCGUUCUCAAAGUGCCGUUUAUUUCGUUGAACAAAAGCUAACCGAUACCACACAGAAACGGGAGACGAGAUUCGUCAGAGAUUUCCAUAAAAAAUUUAAGGUGUGCUGCUGGGAUACUUCUGGUGUAAAGCAGCAUUCUGGGUCACGGAUGAUGGACUUUCAGCGUUACUCGUCGUCUGUUUCCAGUCACUGUCUAAAACGUUUAAUCAGACGUCAUAAUAACUGGAAAAUUUUAAAGAAGAAUGUUAAUGGCAGCGAUUCGGACGUAACUUUUACAUCCUCCGAAACUGGCGUUCAUUCCUUUGAAGAAGAGGUAGCCAAAGCCAACAGUGGACAGAAACUAGGGCAAGCAUUUGAUGAAGAUUCUCAGAAAACCUCCCGGAAAUCUACCGUUUUAAAACGGCCGCCGCAUAGUGUAAAGCAGCUGUCGGCCAUAUAUGACUUUUGUCAUGAAACCUCAUCGUCCGUUUCUGAACUCAGUGUGAUGCCAUCUGCGGAACUUCCUAAUUACUGGGACAUCUUGAAAAAGUGUGCUGAAGAGAGCGGCAGGGAGUACUUUGAUUUAUCAUUUCGUGAAUAUCUUUUCUGUUCUCAAAAAAAGGUACCCGGUAAGGUAUCAAAACGGGGGUCACGGUUUAGUAGCGACCUUCCAAAACUACCAGAAUCGCCCCUCUUAAGGACGUCUGGUGUAAAGCGUUCGAGGUAUGGCUUAAACACUUCGUCGUCCAUAAACGACCUUUGCUCGGAAGUUUCUGCAUCCAUUGCUGGUCGUUAUCGAAGUUCAUUGAGCAAGCAUAAUAAUUACAAAGAUGUUUUAAAGAAUGGUUUUGACGAAAGUAAUCGGAAGCACUUGACCCCCACCAGCUCUGAAGGUGAUUUCUAUGCUUCCAAAGAACAGGUGGCCGUUAGGGGACAGAAAAGUAGGGUAGAGUUUAGCUGCAGCCUUCGUCCAGAGCCUGAUUCAUCGUCAUCGACCUUCAGCACGUUCGGUACAAAGCGUUCGCGCAAUCGCGUCAACGGUUCAUCUGCCACAAAGAACGUUCGCUGGGAAACUUCUUCUUCGAUUGCUGGUCAUUGCCUCCGGUCAUCGGUCAUACGUCAUAAUUACAGGAAUGUUUUAAAGAAUGGCUUUGAGGAGUACGAUCGAAAGGACAUGGCCUUCACGAGCGCCAAAGAUACUCUUGAUUGUUUCAAGGAAGUAACCGAUAGGGGCCUUAAGUGGAGGACAGGUUUCAAAAACGACAUUCCCGACGUGCCUGAAUCGUCGUUUUCGAGACAUUCCGGUGUAAAGUAUUCGCAGGAUGGUGUAAACGUGUCGUCGACGGUAGAAAACGUUGAAUGGGAGGCUUCUUCGUCGGUUUCUGAUCACUGUCUAACAUCAUCUGUUAGACGUCAUAAUUACGGAAAGAUUUUAAGAAAUGGCUUUGAGGAAAACGAUCCAAAGCGCAGAAUUUUCAUCAGCUCCGGAAAUGUUGUUCAUUCCUUAAGUGAAGAGUUAACCCGUACUGCGCUGAAUAUUGAGGCAAGCUCGAAAGAUGGUUUGCAGGAAGAAUUUAAAGCGCCGUGUUGUAACACUUCGAGUAUGAAGCAGGUGGUGAACAAAAUAGAGCAGUCGUCAGAGAUGAUGGAUUUUCGUUCUGAAUUUUCAUCGUCCGUUUCCGGUUAUUCUCUGAGGCGAAAUGUGAAACGCUACAAUUUCAAAAGUCUAUUGAAAAACGGUUUCGAUUGCAGUGGUCCGCGGUAUUCGUAUUUCGCGACCUCUGGCCACAAUGUUCAUUCAUGUGAAGACGAAACAACGGGCACCGAAACGAAAGUUUGUGGAACAGUGUUUCAUAACGAUCUCAAUGAAGAACCUUCUCCUAAUUCCUCCUUCAACACUUCCGACUUAGAUCAGUCGCACUGUAGCGUAGGACAGUCGUUGACCAUGACAGAUAUUCGCUGCAAGGUCUCAUCGUCCGUAUCCGGUCAUGGUCUGACAAAAGGUUUUAAAAAUACUGUUUGUGCCUUUGAGGGACACCAAACCAAUACUGGACGGAAGUUUCGGGUAGCUUCCUUCAGUGAUUUGCCAAAAAAACGUAAGACAUCGUGCUCGAACAGUUUUUGUGUAAAACGGUUAUUGGACAGUGUAAAGCAAUCGUCAAUGAAGGCAGACUUUCGUCGCGAAGCUUCUUCUGCUUCCGGUCAUAACUUGAGACCGUUGAUCAGAUGUCGUAAUUAUGGUGAUGCUUUAAAAGACGUCUUUGAUGACAUGGGCCAAAAGUACCUGACAUGCACAUGUCUGGAGAAUACAUUGUAUUCAGCAGAAAAAGAUACACGCGUUGCCAAGCAAAAGCGUCGAGUACUCACCGCCGUAAAUAACUUCCAUGGUGAACUUGAAUCGUCGUCUUCCGGUGUGCGCCGAUCGUCAGAAGAAAUGAAUCGUGACAGCAGCAGCGGUAGCUCGUCGUCCGUUUUGAUUGAUUGUCUGGGACUGCUAAAUAAUGAUAGUAUCAGCGACAGCGAUGAAAGGCAUCCUGUUGUUGGCUCUGGUAUGAACUUCGAAAUCUUGACUAUGCCAUGUUUGUCCAUGGCUUUUAGUAGAUGCGCUAGCCGACAUCUUCCCAUUGAUCUUUUCCGGUUUAAGCGUACUUUCAAUUUUCGACAUUCCACUGCCUCAAGUACCGCUGUGCGAUGGUACGGGCAACAGUUAGGCGAAAGUCUCGUCGAGUACUUGUCCAGGAAACGUUUAUUGGCGAAGGUGUUGAAAAUCGAUGAACAUCGGCUUAAGAGGUUAGGUCUGACGAAACCUCGGCCAUUCAAUAAAUUUUGGCAAAGAUGGAAACCAUACGCGAAGAACGAAUCUUUGAAAAUCGAGUUCGUCGAUGUGCUGGAAUAUGGUGAAAAGCACUGUUCACAGAUGAAUAAUCUUUUGGCUACAGGUGUGAUGAGCGAUCAGACUUUCAAGACCGUGAUUCGUCUGGCGUUAAACAUGAAAAAUGUACGCUUGAGUAACCGCUUCUUUCCAUGUGGGCGAUUGGCGUUUUCUUCUCUUUUACUACCUUACAUUUCCCCUGAUCUCCUCGAAGCCUUUAAUUCGUUUACAGCGUUAAACGAGCACAUAUAUUUUCGUAAUGAUCUCCAGGAUAUGAGUGAUAUGCGCUUCACUGUUGCUUCAAAACUGCUGGCGACUCAAGUGACCACUGAAACAGUUGUUCGAGCUGAAGAAGUAUGUUCUUCCUCACAGGAACCGAAAAUGUGUGAAAAAAUAGUGGCGGAAAGCAGGUUUCAUUGGACCGGUACGGUCCAAGUUAAUCAGCAUUUCCCGCCAGAGCUGACCAAGCAGUUUUGUUUAUCGUCGGAUGACAGCGAACACUUCGAGGUACUUUACCCUGACCACGAUCCUAAGUCAAACAUGCGGCGCCUGAUGCUCGGCAGAGAGAAUGACCACCCGUAUUGCAACAGAAGCUUCGAGCUGCACUCGCCUCAUACGCUACCCACCCAGUCAGGCUGCCCGUUGAGCAUUGGAACCGGCAGCUACGAACCGUGCGAUGCUUGCAGUCACAGGACCAAUGGCUGGGUAUGUUUCGACGAAACGACCAACCUCAACCUUUGCGUCGACUGUCGUGAUUCGUUGAAUGCUUGGCUCCGUGAUCCGUGGUACUACGAAAUGAAAGAAUGUCUGAACGCGUUUAAAGGAAACACCCACAACCAUUUCGCAUUGGUACUAGUGCUCUGGUCUCUGCCAACUUCCUUUGACUCGGACACCGAGGAUGGAUUUGCGGAGAGCGAGAUUGAUGACAUGUGCGAUGUUGGUCGUCCGUUAUGCAGCGUCUGUAAACUUCACCAACGCGUUGAAUUAGUCAGGAAGAGGUUGGGCCGCAGGGAUUUCGAAGACAUUUUCUACUUAGAAAGUCCGGCAUUAUCGCAGCAAUACCGAACAUCUUCUCAGGGUCAAAAUAUAUUGUACAGCGAUUUCGAUUUCGAUGGAAGACCACAUUCGUACUCUGAAGAGCUGAUCGGAUCGCAUAGCACAUCUCAAAAUUUAGAUGGGUUUACACAGGAUGUCCUGGAAGAAGAGAAGGUCCUGAUUGGAGAACAGUGUUUUAAGCCUUAUCCUCGCAUGAAAUACGUUUGUCGCAGUCAACAGUUCUCAUGUACUCGACUGCCGCGUGCAAGGUGUGUGAGCAGCUGA